GAGAUAGCACAUCGGGCAUUGAAGCUGACCAACAGCAAAAGUAUCCAGGCUGCAAUUGAACUUAUUGGGAAAAUGGCAUACCAGGACAAUACCAGGGCAGAACAGAUAGCAACAACCAAAAAAGUUGUCACUCAAGGUGGUGUCAACAGAACUGCCCAGUCUGUCAAUCGCAAUCCAAGCUUCCAGGGAUCUAAGGAAUCAUUGGUGAACAUUCCCCCUCGAACCAGUCCAACCUUUGUAACAGGUAUGAGAUCGGACAGUCCCCUACAAGGUGAGAUGUCUGCCCUGAGCCAAGGUGUACCUCCAAGAGGGCAGACCCCACCCCCUCGUGGACAAACCCCUCCCCCUAGGGGACAGACUCCGCCUCCUGGAAACUUUCGUCCAGUGCAGCAGCUGGGAUAUUCACCUGGUCACGUGCAGCAGAUGAUCAAAAGGAUGUCACCUGUCCCUCAAAAUGGGCGUGGUCCACUUUUAGCACCACAGCCUCAAGACACACAAAGAACUAGUCCCAUCCCAGCAUGGGCUGCAUUAGGGGGAUCAGGGAACUCUUCUAGUUCACAAAAUAGUGUUGGCACAGGAAGGUAUUCCAUGACUCCACCCCCCUCCUCUGUUGUUCAGUCCACGAGACAAAGUCCCGCCAUGUCACAGCUUGGUCGAGGGCAAAGCUGCGAAGACAUCUCCCACCUCUCUACAUACGUACCAGGGACUAAGAUCACUCAGAAAGAACAAGCUGUCAGCAUUCUAACCAGAGCAAUAGGCAGUAGAGCUGCAAUGGGGGCAUUGUACAAGUCUCCCUCUACAGACUUGCUGACAAGCAAACCUGUUGUCACACAGACUACUGCACAAAGGAGAGGAUCAGUCAGCAGUAGCCACAGCAAUAGUUCUGUGUUUAGUUCUAACAGCGAAUCCUACUCAACAUCUGCUCAAGCCAACAACAACUCCCUUGCCCUUCACCAGAACCAUCUGUCCCCGUUUAGCAGCAGUAGCAGUCACACUGACAGUUCACAGAUGAACUUUUCAUCAGGACAGAGCACACCGAGUCAGCCCAUCACCAGUAAAGAUCCCCCCAGCUACGACACAGCCAUCACUUACCUACAGCUGGCCCACUCCUCUAGACAAGGUGGCACCUCACCUAACCCCUACAAGAGCCAUAAGGUUGCAGAUCAAAAUAUGCCACUUUCUAUAAAUGUUGAUCCUUCCCAAGUUCAUUAUUCUCCCAACCCAUCAGCCUUGCCCCCGCCCCCACCUUAUCCCCAUUCAGCUGCUUCUCAGCUCCCUGUCUCCACCAAGAUGACCAACCCUGUCGUUCUGCACUCUGCAAAGAGUAAAGAAGUGCAGAAACCUGUCCUCCAGACUGCACACGCUCCCGUUCACCCACCUCUCACCAACCAGCCAAAGACUGUGGCUAUUUCGCCAAGCAUUGAAACAGCUUCAACUGCCAAUACAACUUCUCCGUCUUCUUCCCCACCUGAAACAAGAAGUAGUACCCCCAGUUCGCUCACGUCUACGACAAGCCCGAGCGAAGACAACUACCCGCCCCCUCCCCCAUACAGACCCCCACAGAUGAUUGAGGUGCGUGCCUCACCGCGGUCAGACACUACUCCAGAAGGCGACGAGAGUGACAUUCAACAGCAAACCUCGCCAAAACCUGAGAGAAGACGACGGUUCAAGGGUAGAGACCCGGAAAGAAGGGGGUCAAAAAUCAAGAACUUCUCUCCACAGGCAUUCAAAUUCUUCAUGGAACAACACGUUGAAAACGUCCUGAAAUCCCACCAACAGAGAGUACACAGACGCGUACAGCUGGAGAACGAAAUGUCAAAGGUCGGUCUCUCCGAAGAAGCACAAUCACAGAUGCGAAAGAUGCUGUGUCAGAAGGAAUCCAACUACAUCAGACUGAAACGUGCCAAGUUGGAUAAGUCAAUGUUUGUAAAGAUCAAAACCCUUGGCGUGGGCGCGUUCGGAGAGGUCGCCCUUGCGAGGAAAGUAGAUACUCAGACGCUGCACGCAAUGAAGACCCUCCGGAAGUCGGACGUUUUAAAACGCAAUCAAGUUGCACACGUGAAGGCUGAGAGAGACAUUCUAUCCGAGGCAGACAACGAAUGGGUGGUGAGGUUGUACUACUCUUUCCAGGAUGAUGAGAAUCUGUACUUUGUUAUGGACUACAUCCCUGGAGGAGACCUUAUGAGCCUUCUCAUCAAGAAAGGCAUCUUUGAACAGGGUCUGGCCCAGUUCUACACAGCAGAACUGGUGUGUGCCAUUGAGAGUGUCCACAAAAUGGGCUUCAUUCACAGGGACAUCAAGCCAGAUAAUAUCCUGAUUGACAGGGAUGGACACAUCAAAUUGACAGACUUUGGCCUUUGUACAGGAUUCCGCUGGACACAUGAUUCAAAAUAUUACCAGCCCAAAGAUGGGCACAUCCGGCAGGACAGCAUGGAGCCCCCUGAAGGCUGGAGUCUGGAGAACUGCCAGUGCUCCUACAAGGGGCUGAAACCCCUGGAGCGGAGACAGGCCAGGCAGCACCAACGCUGUCAGGCACACAGUCUGGUGGGCACUCCCAACUACAUCGCACCAGAGGUGCUCCUCAGAAGAGGGUACACCCAGUUGUGUGACUGGUGGAGUGUGGGGGUCAUCCUGUAUGAGAUGUUAGUGGGGCAGCCCCCUUUCCUCGCCACUACCCCUGCAGAAACACAGAUGAAGGUGAUCAACUGGGACCAUUACCUGGCCAUCCCAGCGCAGGCCCGCCUGUCCCGCGCAGCCUCAGAUAUCAUCCUCAAGUUCUGCUGUGAUGCAGAAAACAGACUGGGCAAGAAGGGGGUACAGGAGAUCAAGGCACAUCCAUUUUUCAACCACAUUCCUUGGGAGAAGGGCCUGCGGAAGACCAAGGCUCCGUACGCCCCCUACAUUCGCUACCCGACGGACACUUCCAACUUCGAUCCUGUGGAUCCGGAGAGGGUGCGCAGCUCGGAUUCCGAGGAGCCAGAAAGGGUAGAUGCGACGUCACCGUCCAAUGGCAUGCUCCCGGAGCACGCCUUUUACGAGUUCACGUUCCGGAGGUUCUUUGACGAAGGCGGCCCGUCGGCCCCGGAGCCGUACAGCGAUGCGGACAGCGCAGAAGACGGUGGGGAGGGCAGCCAGGAGAGCAGCUCAGAAACAACUGCAGAGGAUGGGACAGGGGCAGUGCUGCAGAAACAUGAACCUGUGUUUGUCUGACAUACACAUACAAACCAUACACCAAGUCUACUACAUGUAUUCAUCUGUCUCUUCAGUAGUAAAUUACCAUGCCCCAAGUGUAUUACCGGUACCCAGUAUGACAUCAUAUCAUAGUACAAGCAAGUUUGCUGCACACUUACGUCUUAUGUCAACAUGUAUUAAAUUAUUUCAUAAAAGGGUCAAUAGCGUAGCUCUUGAAGUCAAAUCUUUGUGUGUUGAGAACAGCAGCAGAUUGUAGGAAAGGAGAAAUUAUGUCCUCAAGAGUUGUCCAAAGACAUCUUCUCAAAAUAUAUUUAUUUCAUCAUUUCAUUACACUAGUGAAUAUAGCAUAGCAUGGAAUAUACCCAGUAACAUGGGCUAUUUUGUAAUACAGUAUCAUUAUGGAAUUGCUUGUUACAUGCAAGCCUCCAGCUUACUCUGUGCAGUAGUUUCAUUGUUUUCUUCAUAAUCCUUACAAAAUUCAUUGACUUGGUAGGGAGAAUAUCCACCCAUAUGAUGUGCAAAGGUAGUAAAUGUACGUUUAAUCGAUCUGUGCAAAAGAUAGUGUAUUUGUAUGGCCUUCAACAUAACAAACAGCUCUUGAUAGAGUCCAAAGUGCAUCAGGCAUGAACAUCAUGCUCCUUUGUAGAUCAUGUACCACAAAAUGCAAUAACAUGCAUAUAUUUCAACAGGGAACAAAGAUCCAACAAAUUUCUUGAAUAGUUGCAUUCUGUAGUAGAUACUUUGUCCUGUGAUAUAUAAUCCUAAAUAUGCUGCAGUUACAAUCUAAAAAUGUACACUUACUCGUCAAAGGUUUAAAGCAUUGACUUGUAAGGUAUGUACAGUGCCUAUCCUAUUACCACCCAACCCCCUAUGCAGAUGCACAAUGCCAUCGCUUACUCAUGUAUCUUUGUAACCUCUUGGAAAAUGUAGUGAACAACAUGCAAGUAUGGUAGAAGAAGAAUCGGUUCAUAUUUCUGGCAAAAGUCCACUUUACCCCAGGUACCACCCUCUGCAGUAACCUUUUUUGCUUGCUACCAUUGAAGAUUAAAACAGUGGUUACUACAGUGGAUGGUACCUGGACUAAGUCAAUGUAUCAAGUUGCAGCCAAAUCUAGGUCUGAACAUCUUUUUUAGACUUGUGACUUAAAAGAAGUGUGACAUCGUUAGUAGUUCAAAUGUUAUGCCUUGUAUGGAUGGGUUAGUGCCCUUGAAGUAGGCUGAAGAUACAGUUGCAAGUUUAGCACAUGGACUUUGAUUGUAUUGGAAGGACAAUUAUCUUAGCAAUGUUACCACUAGCAAACAAUAAAUCUAAGGUCUGAAUGGCAAGCUGUGCAGCAGGCCUGUGCAGUUGUAGAUGUGCAAACCAAAUAUCAGUCUUAGAAAUGAAAGAAUUGACUCUGUGCCUUACAAUGUCUGGACUGUCGUAUCCACUAAGAAUUGGUCUAAAACUUGAGCUACGAUGGUGUAGGUGUAGCAGUACAAGUCUUAUGUAAAAGGUGGGGACUAUUUGGAUGAAGCAGGGAGUUGCUUUGUAUAGUAGAAAUGGCCUUGUAAAAUCCUAUCUAUUUUGGUAAUGAGAGAAGUUAGAAUCAGUUUCCUUAUUACUGCUACCAAAGAGUUCCCCUAUUCCCCAAUAUCGGUUGCAUGUACAAGUAAGGUACAUGUAUAUGGCAGGUGCAUUGUUUUCUUAUCUUCAGACACAUUCUGAUUUGUGCAACUUGUAUCAUCUUUUUAUAACUUGUGUACAGGGCAUAUAGCUUAUAUAUUAUAUCAUAUAUGUAUACAUAUAAAUAUAUCUGUACAUGUGUAUGAGUGUAUUUGUCUUUCCAAUAAAUAUGAUACUACUGA